UCGUCCGUCUCUCUCCGCACCACCGUCUUCCUCUCCCAAAUCUCCGUUUUCUUUUAUUUCUUCUCCCUUCAAGACAGAGAAGAGAGAGAGAGAGAGAGAGAGAGAGAGAGAGAGACCAGUUGAUCCCGAUGGCGAUCCGGUGGACGCGCGGCCUCGCCACGUCCCUCUCCCCGCACGGCGACGCCCUUCUCUUCCUUCUCGCCUUCCUCUCCGUCCUUUCCCUCCUCACCCACGAGCUAUCCCGCCACUCAGUCCUCGCCUCCGCCGCCGAUUUCGAGGGCUUCGACCCCGAUGGCGACGACCUGGACGUCGAUCUCGACACCACGGCUGAAACCCUCGUAUCCGCCACCCCCGCUCCCCCCGCCACCUCCCUCUCCGGCGCCUCCUCCCAGGAGUCCCACCACGGCCCCCCGGCCGCUCCCUCUCCCCCUUCCGAUCUCUGGGACGAGGAUGAGUUCGAAGGCAUCCCUCCCGCCGUCCAACCCCCGGACCACGACCCCGACUCCGCCGCUGACGACGAUUCCAUCCUCCCUUCCUCUAAACCAGUGGAACUCUCCUCUCCCCCGUCACCCCCGCUCUCUCUCCGGUCCUACUUCCUCGAAAUCGUCUGUGUCACCUUCUUGAUCUGCUUCGCCUUCAAUUACUUCCAUGGGAAGCGCCGGAACGAGGCCAUCGCUCUCGCCUGGGCGGCCAAAUUCGCCGUCAAGGAUUCCAUCUUCGACAAGAACUUCAGCCUCCUCGGCACCGGGGACGGCAACGACACGCCCCUUCUCCUCAAGGAGGGUCAGGACGUGUUUAAGUUCUACGCCACUGGCCGACGGUACUGCCAGGGAAUGCUCGCCACGAUGGAGCUGCUGAGCCGGCACGACCUCAUCUCCCGGGCGCUCCAUCUGGUGUUCUCCAAGAAGGACACGAUCACGUUCGAGGUGGUAAUGAACGAGGAUGCGAUGGACCAUGUGGUGCUCGCUCUUGCGAGGAAGAAGACUGUUAAGAUGAUGCAUAAGGAGGAGAGGGACCUCCAGAGGUUUGCGAGCCCUGUGGUUGCACCUCCAGCUGGAAGGAAGUGGGUUGCUGAUGAGCUGAUGGUGGUUGCGGAGUCCAAGGAGGUUGCAGGGGAUUUGAUCACUGAUGUGGUGCUCGAUCAGGUUUUUGGCGACAAAGCAUUUGAGAAGUUUGGAAAGUGGUUUGUCUCACUGCACUUCUCGGAUCAAAGCCCAGGAUCUCACAAGAAGAUUCUCAUGUUCAAGUUUGUGCUUCCAGAUGCCAAGAACAUAUCUGACAUGUCAAGAUUGGUUACUCUUGUACCAUAUUACAUUGACUUGAUAGGCCGAUACAAACUAAGCUCUCAUGCUCGCUCAAAAACAGAAGCUGUUAGAGCAAAGGCGGCCCAGGAGGCAUAUAAAGAACUCCAGAACGCGAGACAGGAAGCAUUGCAGAAGAAGAAGGCGGAAAAGAAGAAGAUAAUGGAAGAGAUUGAGGCCAAACUUAGUGCGGAGGCACUCCGCAAGAAAGAAGACAAGGAACGUGCUCGGCAACUGAAGAAGGCAGGGCCAAGACUAAAGAUGCUGCGUCGCUAGAAUGCCUUAUAUCGCACAAGUUACUGUGGCUUGUUGCCCUCCUUUCCGAUGGGUAAACCGGAAUCAUCACACGAAUGGUAUUAUGCUUCUACUUAGUUAAGUUGAUUUUGUUCGUGAUGCAAUGUUUCUAGAUCUUGCUAGAUGAUUUUGCUUCGAGCUAAUUUCGGGUUUUGAGUCUCCUGUUUAACUGAUACUUGUUGUUGUUACUCGGCGAUUACAGUGAGUCAUAUGAACUUUUCAAGUCUAGGACACCUGCCAGUAUCCGUCGAUACUAAAUUUGCUUUCGAGGACUUAUUUUGGCCACAUUUCAUGUUGUAUUUUCACAUAUGCAAUUUUCUCCCCGAGACAAUAAUAGCAAUUGCUUUUAUUGUAGGAAUUAUUCAGACCACAUCUUGUCUCA